AUGAGGAAACCUACCAAAGGUAGCACCACCACCAUUACUAAUAAGCUUAGGAAAGGGUUGUGGUCGCCGCAGGAAGAUGAGAAGCUUAUCAACUAUAUGCUAACCAAUGGCCAGGGUUGUUGGAGCGACGUAGCUCGGAAUGCCGGCCGGCAAAGGUGCGGCAAAAGCUGCCGUCUCCGGUGGAUCAAUUACUUGAGACAUGAUCUCAAACGAGGCGCCAUUUCGCCGCAAGAGGAAGAGCUUAUCGUCCAUUUGCAUUCCAUUUUUGGCAACAGGUGGUCUCAAAUUGCUGCUCGCCAGCGCGGUCGUACCGACAACGAAAUAAAGAACUUUUGGAAUUCAACAAUAAAGAAGAGGCUCAAGAAUUUGUCGUCCACCCCCUCGCCAAACACCAGCGAUUCGUCGACGUCGGACCCCAACAAAGAUUUCGUUGCUGUCGACGGGUUCAUGUCGACGGAAGAACAAGCGAUUCUUCCCAUGUACAUCGAUUUAUUGUCGACAUCGUCCAACUCUUCCUUGCAAUCCGUGGUCUUGAAUCCCACCGGAACCAUGUUCGGCGCCACCGCUGGGUACUUUGUCGACGUGAACGGCAACGGUUUCUACAGUGAAAACGAGAUGUUCGGUGGCACCGACAACAGCGAGGAAUUAUAUAUCCCUCCUUUAGAAUCCAUUGGAGAAAGCCCUCAAACGGGAAACACAUUCGAUACAACGUCAUCUCCACCGCCGUCACCAGCACCGACAACAACAUUAACAACAACCCUUUUAGUGUCAUAAACAACAACAUCAAAUCGGAGAACAUAACUGCCGGCAGGAAUUUUUGGUUAGGGGAAGAGCUUAAAGUUGGGGAAUGGGAUUUGGAGGAUUUGAUGAAAGACGUCUCUUCCUUUCCAUUUCUUGAACCCUGCCUGUUUGAUAGUGAAAACACUACAAACAUCCUAGAUUCCGACAAUACUUACAAAACCAGCCAAAAAAAACAUUCGUAUAAGGUUGUAGGAUAGCUGAGUUUAGAA